AUGACGUUGACUACGGAAGAGUUGGAGGCCUGCCAACGAACGAUUGGGCUCGCGAAGGCGGAAGGGCACCCCUAUGUCCAGCAUCUAUUUAACGUACAUCGCUGGGUGACGGCUUAUGAGGGGGAUGAAGCGGCGGCCGCGGAGGUGCUACGCCGUCAUUUGAACCUCCGCGAAGUGAUGGGAUGGGAUGGGUGGCCGGAGGAGACGGUUGGAUUUGACGAACGCGUCGAUCAGUACGCUCCACUGUCGAUUUUAGGGCAGAAUCGGGAUGACGAUAAUAAGGUUGUUCUCUUCGAACAAAGCGGAAAGAUUGAUAUUCACGGGCUAAUCGACAACGUGAAGGUAACCUCCUUCAUGCGUGCCAAAUUUCGCUUGAUGGAAAGAAUUCACCGGCGAGUCAUCGAAAUGGAGAAAGCCACCGGACGUCAAUCCGGCGGCCUGCUAGUCAUGGACCUUGAGGGGCUUGAAUUCAAACCGGCACUGCUCUCCUUGCUGGCAGGUCCCUAUCGGAUAAUGUGGGGCACACUCUUUGAGCAGUACCCUCAGCUGAUUCGCCAUAUCGUCAUCGUCCGGGCUCCGAAAUUUGUGAACCUGCUAUAUUCGACGUGUAUCCCGUUUAUUCCGAAUGACUACAGGUCCCGCAUGGAAAUCUGCUCCUCAUCCGACCCCUCAUCCACUCUUCUAAAGCAUAUCAGCUCCACGACACUACCAAAAGAAUAUGGAGGUGAAGCCAGGGACGGCGCCGACAACUUUGAACUCGUUGAGAUUCCGGCCCCAGCCCAUCCAUUCCCAACCUCGAAAAACGAGGACAUCGAGCUGGACACAGUCUCAAUUUCCGCUGGCAGCACACUCAUCAAAAAAUACAAAUGGGAGGCCGGCACGAGCCUGCGAUUCCAGAUGCGGCACUCGCAAGAGUUCCAGUUUUUCGUGUACUAUUCGCCGGUGGAAACGAAAGAGAGGGCCGAUUGGCAGGAGAUCUACGCUGGGUGUGAGAGACCGGCGCUGCGAUUGAUCGACGAUUGGCACUGGGUAGCGCCGAAAAGCGGCUUCUAUUUCCUGAGCUUUGGCAACGAGAAAGCAUGGUUCUUCUCAAUUAAUGUGCACUAUCGCAUCUCGCGCCUACAAGAUGGAGCCGAGGUUCCGGAGAAAGCGAUUGAA